AUGGACGAGUAUGAGCUUGAUCGCGUAGGCACGAAUAACCCUGCGCUGUGUGCGCCAAACUCCCACGGCACACCCGUCCAGCGCCAAAGGUCUCGCGGUGCAAAAGCCACGCCGCCAUCGGCCUCGGAUGGCUCGCAGGACACGGUCAUCCAGGAAGAAGACGUAACCAAAUACGAUGUUGGCUGGCGCAGAAUCGUCAGGAACUUCUCGCCGUCGUGGUUCUCCGUCACCACGGGCACGGGCGUCGUCUCGUUGCUUUUUGUCUCGAUUCCCUUCCACGCAACCUGGCUGUAUUGGGUCUCUGUCUUCUUCUUCGGCCUGAAUGCCAUUCUCUUCUCCUGCGCUCUGUCGAUUUCCGUCUUCCGAUAUGUCGCGUACCCAGAGAUCUGGCCCGUCAUGAUUGCCGACAGUGCCAAUUCGCUGUUUCUGGGGACGGUUCCCAUGGGCUUUUCGACGCUCAUUUCGGCCUGGUGCUCCAUCUGCAUUCCGUACUGGGGCUCGUGGGCCGUGACGUUUGCUUGGGUUUGCUGGAUGAUUGACGCUGUGGUUGCUGUUACGGUUACCAUUUCCCUCACGGUCCUUUUGAUAUCGGCUUCUCGUCGCCAGGCCCUGGAUAGGAUUACGGCUGCUCAGCUGCUGCCCAUCUCGGCUUCUGUGGUGGCUUCUGGGGCGGGUGCUCGAGUCGCUGACAACAUGACUGACCCAGAGCAUGCUCUUGGCACGAUAUUGGCGUCGUACAUCUUGUGGGGCAUGUCUGUGCCUCUAUCAAUGACUGUCAUCGUCAUGUAUUACACGCGCCUGGCACUGCACAAACUGCCACCACGCGAAAUUGUCGUGUCGUCCUUCCUGCCACUAGGUCCUUUGGGUCUGGGUGGCUACGCCGUUGUUCAUCUUGGAUCGUCAUGUCGUCGCGUCUUUCCACAAACCGAAUCCUUCUCAGACAUUCCCAUAGCCGGUGACGUCUUUUAUGUUAUCGGCAUCUUCAUGGCACUAAUAAUGUGGUCUUUUGGACUGACUUGGCUCUGCUACGCCCUCGCUUCCAUAUACAAGUCCCGCCCGUUCCCCUUCAACAUGGGCUGGUGGGGUUUCACAUUCCCACUUGGUGUCUUCGCGCUUAGUACAAUUGAGCUCGGCCACGUCAUCCCAAGCCUGUUCUUCAGAGUUCUCGGCACGAUUUUCGCCGUCGCCGUCAUCAUCCUCUGGUGUGUCGUCUUCAUCGGCACAGUCAGAGGCGCAUGGAGUGGUCACCUCUUCUACGCGCAGUGUCUGAAGAAUCUGCCGCCAAAAGACAGCACGGGAAAAGAGGUGGUAGACAAAGAGAAAGGAUCACAACAAACAAAAGGACAUCACGGUGAGAGCGUCAGAGAAAAAUAA